CACAUAUACUUUCAAACAUGUCUAUGCCACCAAAGAAAUUAGAAGAACAAGUUCCACAACCACAAGUUAACAAAAUCAGUAUCACCUUAACUUCAAGAAACACCAAAUCUCUUGAAAAAGUCUGUGCUGAUAUCAUCAGUCUUGCCAAAAACAAGAAAGUUAAAGCUAAGGGUCCAAUCCGUAUCCCAAACAAAGUCUUAAGAAUUACCACCAGAAAAUCACCAUGUGGUGAAGGUACAAAUACUUAUGAUAGAUUCGAAAUGAGAAUCCACAAACGUGUUAUUCACAUCUUAUCAACUCAAGAUUUUGUUAAAGAUAUGAACACCAUCUCAAUCGAAGCUGGUGUUGACGUUGAAGUCAUCAUGGACAAAAAAGAAGCCAAAAACUAAAUAGUUAGAAAUUAAUUAUUUAAAUAAAUUCUUUUAAUUUUUUUAACC